CAGCCGGCCUAGCUCUCCUGGUCAUGGGCAAAAGAUGUCGGGUUGCCAGAUGUGUACUACGCAGAUAUUUAGCUACUGUGUAGAGAGUUUUGGGCAGGAGAAUCCUGGGUCAAGCCACAACAGUUCUCUCCUUAAUCCACUCCAUUCCCUCUUCUCCCUGCUAAGCUGCCAGAGUGCACUGUGCAUUUCCAAGAGCAAGAAAAGAUGGAUAAAUCUACAGAGUUGGUGUCACUUGAGGAUGUGGCUGUGGAUUUCACCUGGGAGGAGUGGAAAGACUUGAAUGAUGCUCAGAGGACUUUGUACAGGGAUGUGAUGCUGGAGAUCUACAGCAGCCUGGUGUCUUUGGGGUACUGCAUUAGUAAACCUGAGGUAAUCCUCAAGUUGGAGAAAGGAGCAGAGCCAUGGAUAAGAAAAGAAUACCCAAAGCAGUGCCUCCCAGAUGUCCAGAUAGUCAGUGACCUAAUUGAGAGGAGCCAAGAAAGUCAUGGUAGAUACUUGUGGCGAGGUGUAAUCAUCAAUGGCAAUCAAUCAACUGAGGAGAGAGUGGAGUUAGGAAAAUCACUGAAUGCACAUUCAAUGCAUAUUUUGAAUCUGGUUAUAAAUAAUGAAAACUAUUCAGGAGUGGGGCAUGAGGAGUUUAACAAAUGUCAGAAUGCAGUUCUUCCAGAGACUGAUGCCAUGUGUGCUGGACAGAAACCUGAUGAGCAUAAUAUAUCUGAGGAAUCACACUGUCAUCAUGAGCAUCAUAGCCAGCAUCCUAAGAUUCCAGCUGGGCAAUUUUUUGAGUAUAGUGGAAAUGGACAAUCCUCCAAUACAGUGCCAGUAAUGUUUGCAUAUAAGAAAACUCAUAUGGGUGAGACCACUUGUAAAUAUAGUAAAUAUGGGAAAGCCUGUAAUAAGUCAUCUGUCAUUGCCCAAGAGAUAGGUCAGGUAGGGAUGAAAACUUUUCAAUGUAUCAUAUGUGGGAAAAUGUUCUAUAAAAAGGCUAGACUUACUCAACAUCAGAUUAUACACACAGGAGAGAAACAUGAUAAAUACAGUGAGCGUCAGAAAUGUUUUGUCAAGCAAUCAUACCUUAUUUCAUAUCAGGGAACAUCUGCAGGGAAAGCUUUUAACCAAAAGUCAGCCCUUAACAGGCAUCAGAGAAUUCACAAAAGUAAAACAACAUAUGAAUGUAAGGAAAAUUCAAAAGCUUUUAACCAAAUGUCAGCCUUCAGUGUGUAUUGGAGAACACACCCAGGUGAUAAGCACCACAAAUGUAAUGGAUGUAGAAAAACAAUUAACAAGCCAUCCUUCAGAAUGAAUCAGAGUACUCACACAGGGAAAACACCUUAUGAAUGUAAAGAAUGUGGAAAAGCUUUUAAGCAAAAGUCAGUCCUCAGCAGGCAUCAGAGAAUUCACACAGGUGAGAGACCAUAUGGAUGUAAAGAAUGUGGAAAAGCUUUUAAGCAGAAGUCAGUCCUCAGCAAGCAUCAGAGAAUUCACACAGGUGAGAGACCAUAUGGAUGUAAAGAAUGUGGAAAAGCUUUUAACCGAAAGUCAGUCCUCAGCAUGCAUCAGAGAAUUCACACAGGUGAGAGACCAUAUGUAUGUAAAGAAUGUGGAAAAGCUUUUAACCGAAAGUCACACCUCAGCGUGCAUCAGAGAAUUCACACAGGUGAGAGACCAUAUGAAUGUACAGAAUGUGGAAAAGAUUUUAAGUUAAAGUCAUACCUCAGCAAGCAUCAGAGAAUUCACACAGGUGAGAAACCAUAUGAAUGUAAAGAAUGUGGAAAAGCUUUUAACAAAAAGUCAGUCCUCAGCAAGCAUCAGAGCAUUCACACAGGUGAGAAACCAUAUGAAUGUAAAGAAUGUGGAAUAGCUUUUAACAAAAAGUCACACCUCAGCAUGCAUCAAAGAAUUCACAGAGGUGAGAAAGCAUAUGAGUGUAAAGAAUGUGGAAAAGCUUUUAACCAAAAGUCAUACCUCAGAAUGCAUCAGAGAAUUCACACAGGUGAGAGACCAUAUGGAUGUAAAGAAUGUGGAAAAGCAUUUAACAAAAAGUCACACCUCAGAAUGCAUCAGAGAAUUCACACAGGUGAGAGACCAUAUGAAUGUAAAGAAUGUGGAAAAGAUUUUAACCAAAAGUCAAACCUCAGGAGGCAUCAGAGAAUUCACAGAGCUGAGAAGCCACAUUAAUGUAAUGAAUGUGGAAAAGCUUUUAACCAAAAGUCAACCCUCAGCAUGCAUCAGGGAAUUCAUACAAGUGAGAAGCCACGUGAAUGUAAUGAAUGUGGAAAAAGGUUUUUUUACAACGUCACAGUUGAGAAGACAUCAGGAUACUCACACAAGAAAAAAUUCCUUAUGAAUGCAAUAUGACAGGCCUUGUACUGAAAUUCCCCCAACAGAUAAAAAAGAAUUCACAUAAAGGAAAAUCUCAGUGAAUGAAAUUUAUAUGGGAUAAGAUUUUUCCAGAAGUCAUACUGCAAGACAUCAGAGAACUUGUAUCCGGAAGAAGACUGGUAAAUAUACAGUUGUCCUCAGGUAUUGAAGAAUGUCUUGAAGAUCCCCUAUUGAUAUAAAAAUUUGCUGAUGCUCAAGUUCCCUCUAUAAAUGUUGUUGUGUUUGUGUAUUACCAGUUCACUUCCUGCUGUGUAUUUUACAUCUUGUGUAGAUUACUUGUAAUACUGAAAAAAUGUGAGUACUAUGUAAAUUGUUGUUAUACUGUGUUGUUUUUCAUUUGUAGGAUUGUUUCAUUUAUUGCUUUUAUUUACUUUUGAGGAUUUUUGAUAAGUAGUUUCUUGAAUCACCAGAUGUGUAACCCUCAGAUGUGGAAGGAGGACUGUAAUGAGUGUGAAAACCUCUUUUCUCCAAAGUCUCAAGGCUGCCUGUGGUUAGAGCAUUUCUGCUUAUAACAUUGGUCCUCUUAACACAAAUGAUCUCCAUACCAGCCAUGCACCAAAAAAUAAAUAAAUAAAAAUAAAAAGGAGUCACAUCAUAGCAGGUAUUAGAGGAUUUAAAGAGGGGAGAAAUUCUAUAUGGAUUAAACUGACUGUCUUUUAAAAAAUAAAACCACUCUUUUCUCUUGUUUGCAUAGCCUGCAAUCUGAGCAUUCCACGAUUUGGUGGAUGACCUUGUAAUUUAACUCUGUUCAGGGGAAUGUAGAUAUAAGUGGUGAACAUUACUUCCAGUUCAGGCAACAAAAUAAGAAAAAAAUUCCAUUCAGUUCCUUGUUUCUCAUGUUAUUUGCAACUGAAUAAAGAUGACUCUUGGGUGCAGUUGGGGGCCACGGGUGAAAGAAAUCCACCCUAAUUUAAAAUAGAAGAAAUUGAAGAAACCAGAGAUAUUCUCGUCACUACCCCCAAACCUCUGUUUACACAUUAUAUAAGAAAUUAUUUCCUGUUCAGCCAUUUUUAUGUGUGCCCUGUUUGCAUUAAAACACAAGAGGUGCACUCCAGCUAAAUGAUUUUAUAGACUUUCUGAGAGGAUUUUCCAGUCCUUGUAUAUGGGAAGAGAAUCUUGUGUUGUCACCAUUUAUACCCAAGUCAGUUUGUGGGAAAACCAAAUUAUGGGGAGAAAGAAUGCAAUAGAUGUGACACUUCUUAUUGGGACAGUUUAUUGAAUGGUGAAAAUAAAGUUAAAUAUCUUUCUAAAUCUCUAUAAUGAGUCAAAGCUUUCAAGAAAACUUUCAACACUUUUUAUAUCAGAAUUUGAAAUAAAGAGAAAACUAU